AUGAAGCUGGGAAAAAGGCAGCCUCGCGAGGUGGAAGGGGGCGCAGCUAGCCCUCUUGCGGGGUUGCCCCAAGUCCUUGACCGGAAAAGGGACGAGGCCACCGCGAUCCACAGCCCCGCGGCCCAGGGCCGAGACCUCACUGACUUCUACACUUUAAACUUCCAAGACAGGGCAAUGAAUGAGGCUUCUCCUUUUCUCCGAGAAGAAGACCUGGAAGCUAAUGCUGAAGGCAAAGAGACCUUAAGUGUUUCCCCACUUUCUCAACGAGCUGCAAAUAGUACUGCUCCCACGCCGGGCUGCAGCGGCCCGGCCCCGGGCGGCGUCCGCGGCAGCGGCGGCGCCCACUCGUGGGCCCCGGAGGACGCCUGGAUGGGCACCCACCCUAAGUAUUUAGAAAUGAUGGAAUUAGAUAUAGGAGAUGCCAGCCAAGUUUACAUAGCAUUCUUGGUUUACCUGGACCUCAUGGAGAGUAAAAGUUGGCAUGAAGUCAAUUGUGUGGGCUUACCAGAUCUGCAGCUCAUCUGCCUUGUUGGGACCGAGGUAGAAGGAGAAGGGGUACAGACUGUGCUGCCUACACCCAUCAGUGCGUCCCUCAGCCAUAACAGGAUAAGGGAGAUCUUGAAGGCAUCUCGAAAAUUGCAAGGUGAUCCAGAUUUGCCAAUGUCUUUUACUUUGGCCAUAGUGGAGUCCGAUUCCACAAUAGUCUAUUAUAAACUUACUGAUGGAUUUAUGCUGCCAGACCCUCAGAAUAUUUCCCUUAGAAGAUGACACCUGUACUUCAUGAUGCUUACUUUGGGAUUGGACUUGUGAUCCAUCAGCCUGGUUCGUCCUUUAUCUCAGAGAUAGUUAGGGCUGACUUAGGUGGCCCCAUUCCAUACGUUUUUCUUUUUGAGGAAUAAAGCUUUCCCAGAUAGAAGAAUUUUGUUGUUGUUGUUGUUCCUAAGUAUAGGGUAGUUGCUCUAGAACUUUCUUAUCUGGAGACAGUUUAAUUAUAGUUAUAUACAAAUGUAUGCUUAGGAUGUGUUCAGAGGGGUAGAACACAUGUGCUUCUUCAGUCCCCCCACUCAUAGCUGCCUCACAGUUCAUUGCUGCCCCUGCUUGCACCUUGUUGAGACUGUCACCUUUUUCUUAUUCAAUCUACUUAGUGCCUUUUGGCCACUACAGCUAGCCUGGAAUGGCCUUUCAUGGACACCUUGACACCUGGAGAGUCUGCUCAGUGUACUUUUAAAUCCCCAAUAGAAAGUAGAAGUUUUCUUUCAGUUGGGUUUUGUGUGGCAGUUACUGUUGACUUUAAAUCAAAAGUAAAAAUAUGCUCAUUCCGACUGUAAAGUUACAUACAUGUCUAGAUUAAUAAGGGCCAGAGAAACGCCACCUUUGGGAGUGUGGGGCCUUGCUUCCCGUUCUUAUUACCACCACCCUUAUUGCAUCAUGGCUAGGACAUUAGAGAGAGAGUGAGGAACAGUGUUAGCCUUAAAAACAUCUUUGUUAAGUAGGCUUAGUUAUUCCACUUUUGUUAAUACCUCCCAAUUAUGUUGCCUAGAGUAUAAAAAAUUAUAUGCACAAAGAUAUUCCAAAUGGUAUUAGUUGUAAUAGCCCAAAUUGUAGACCACUUAAAAAUUUAAGGCAGGAGUCAGCAGACUUUUUGUAAAUGGCUAGAAGGGAAAUAUUUUAGGCUUUGCAAACCAUAUAGUCUCUCUUAAAACUUCUCAAAUAUGCUGUUUAUAGUACAAAAAUAACCGUAGCCAAUAUGUAAAUAAGUGGGCAUGGCUGUGUUCUAAUAAAACUUUAUUUACAAAUGCAGAGCCAUAGUUUGCCAACCCCUGGUAGAGGGGAAAUAGUCAAUAAACAGAUACAAAUGGCCAAUAUAUUCAAUAAAUGGUACAUUAUGUAGUUGUUAAAAAUUAGUAAUGAAUAUAAUAAAAAUAUGAGAAAAUAAAUAAUUAAAAAAGCAAAUAUGAAAGUGUAUGAAUGGGUAGGAUCAUGGAUAUAAAUAACACACCAAGCAUCCAAUAAAAGGGUGACAAAUUACUAACUGUACUUAUGAUAGGGUGGCAGUGAUAAAUGGAUGAUUCUGUCUUCCGUUUUUCUUUACUUGUAUCACUUUUAUAAUAACAGUGUUUUAAAAUAAAGUAUCUUGAGAUCUA